AGCGGGAAGGCCGAACCGGGCCGCCCCGCCGCUCUGGGGCCCACGGGGCCGGGGGGCGCUCGGGUCUCGGCGGGAGAGCCGGCCCGGGGCAGGGUAGACGGGAGAGCCCUGGAGGGAUGGAGCCUGCCAGUCUCAGUGGUCGAGGCUUUUGCCCCCAGAGACUUGGCCGCCGGAACCCACGCGAGCGGGGGUGCGGGAAAGAAGCCGCGAGUUUUCGUCGGGUCAUCUCAUGUCUGGGCACAGAUCGGUGUUGAGUGUGCUGUUGUGAACCUCUACCACUGUGUUGAAGCCGCGUGCCUAGCUCCAAAUGUGCAUCUCCGAAAUGAAAGCGAAGGAUGGCACGGGCCUAAUUGCUGUGUUUUCCCUUGAAGCUUUUGCUUUAAGUCCGUUUGGAUUGUGUCUAGCAGACACAUCUGAUUAAAGCAGGGGCGAGACCACAGAACUUCCGAAAGGGAGCUUCAUAGCGUGAAAAUAGUUUUAAGUUCCUUCAGCAGACACCGGUGUGCUGUCUGUUCAGGCGAGUUACUUUCUGAAGUGUAAUUUUUAUCUGGACAAAACGCUGGUGUACUUUUCCUUGUGAAGUAGUUGCCAUCCCAGAAUUUAAAACGCACCGAAUUUACUAUACGGAAGAUACUACCUGAUAGAGAUUCACCCAGGUUAAUUUAACUUUAACUGAUAGAAUUUGACUCAGCCCUUCAGACUCUAUGGCUUUGAAUUUUAAGGAAAGUAAUAGCUAUUAUCCCUUUAUUCAUUUUUCUUUUGUGAAAAGUCAAAAGUUGUUCUAUGUGUUAACUCAUGAUUUAGGCAAGAGCCACUUUGUUCUGCAUUUUUGCAAAUCUUUUUAGUGCCUAAACAGAAAAGGGGUUCUUGAAUCUAUUUAUGUGGUGAUAUCACACCACAUAACCACUGGGAAACACCGUACAUCAUGCAUUUUUUUUCUUUAUCCUGUUUUCGCCAUGUAAGUACAAUCAGGAUACUACUGUACAAGACAGACUUUUAAAAAACAUGAAUGAGAAGAAUGAUUCAGUGAUUCCUGAAUUUUGGGAGAGAGGGCUCUAACUUUUUAAAAGAUGGGGAUUAAGAUACGUAAGCAUUACAAAGAUUCUAAUUUACCGAUAGUCUUGAAGUCUCAGGAACAUUUGGAACUAGUCCAAGUGACAAGACAGACAAUAAAGCGAAUUUACAUCUACUGUGCUCGUAAAGAAGACCUGUUCAUCGGUGUUCUUUUCAACACUGUAGAACUCAGACUUGAGUUGAAGGCUCCCUGUGCCUGCUGCUUUACAUCGUCUGUCAUUUACUGGCCUAUGUGGAGAGUUUAAACCAGUUUUACUCAGAUGUCCCUGGUAGAUUUGGGGAAGAAGCUUUUAGAAGCGGCACGAGCAGGACAAGAUGACGAAGUUCGUAUUUUGAUGGCAAAUGGAGCUCCUUUUACUACAGACUGGUUGGGAACUUCUCCACUUCAUCUGGCCGCACAGUAUGGGCAUUACUCUACCACAGAGGUACUUCUCCGAGCCGGUGUAAGUAGGGAUGCCAGGACCAAAGUGGACCGGACACCAUUGCACAUGGCAGCUUCUGAGGGCCAUGCCAGCAUAGUAGAGGUUUUGCUUAAGCAUGGUGCUGACGUCAAUGCAAAGGAUAUGUUAAAGAUGACAGCUCUGCAUUGGGCAACAGAACAUAAUCAUCAAGAGGUGGUGGAACUUUUAAUCAAAUAUGGUGCUGAUGUACACACGCAGAGUAAAUUUUGUAAAACUGCAUUUGAUAUUUCAAUAGACAAUGGAAAUGAAGAUUUAGCAGAGAUAUUACAGAUUGCUAUGCAGAACCAAAUCAACACCAACCCGGAGAGUCCUGACACUGUGACAAUACACACUGCCACACCACAGUUCAUCAUUGGACCUGGAGGGGUGGUGAACCUAACAGAUGAAACAGGAGUAUCUGCUGUUCAGUUUGGGAACUCCUCUACAUCAGUAUUAGCUACAUUAGCUGCCUUAGCGGAGGCGUCUGCCCCGUUGUCCAAUUCUUCAGAAACUCCAGUAGUGGCCACAGAGGAAGUGGUUACCGCAGAAUCUGUCGAUGGUGCAAUUCAGCAAGUAGUUAGCUCAGGGGGUCAGCAAGUCAUCACGAUAGUUACAGAUGGAAUCCAGCUGGGAAACUUGCACUCCAUUCCAACCAGUGGGAUGGGUCAGCCCAUCAUUGUGACCAUGCCUGAUGGACAGCAAGUAUUAACAGUACCAGCAACAGACAUUGCUGAAGAAACUGUCAUCAGUGAAGAGCCACCGGCUAAGAGACAGUGUAUGGAAAUAAUUGAGAACCGGGUGGAAUCUGCAGAAAUUGAAGAGAGAGAAGCACUUCAGAAACAGCUGGACGAGGCAAACCGUGAGGCGCAGAAGUACCGGCAGCAGCUGCUCAAGAAGGAGCAGGAGGCGGAGGCCUACAGGCAGAAGCUGGAGGCCAUGACGCGCCUCCAGACCAGCAAAGAGGCUGUCUAGCCACCUGACACGAACAUGAGUUUGAUUUUACCUUUUGUCCAGAAAGAAAGCAGUCUUACUGCACACAGUAAAGACACAGCCACGGGAGUACUGAGUAAUAGAAAAUACUGCAGAUUGAUAAUGGGACUUAAGCCAUGAGCUCUGAAUUCUUGUAAUAUAAAACUUUAGAACUUGUGAAAUGUAUUUAAAACUGAAUUCUGUAAAUAGUUUUAUGGUUUUUUUCUUUUUUUACAGUUACAAAUGAGUUGAUAAAGAUUGUUGAGGAGAUCCAAAAACCAUAGUAAGGCACUGUUACAGGCAAUUCUUGAUUUGGGUACAGACUUCAUAUCUCAGAGACAGAAGUUCAAAGGGUGGUCGUUGACGGUUAGACCAAAUGUGUACUAAUUAUGGUGGACUGAUGCUGGAAAUAACUCUGCAAAGAGAUUUCUUCCAGGAACUUUUGUACAGCUUUUAAGUUGUCUCAGGUUCACUGAAAACAUUUUUUUAGGAAGCAGAAAUUUUAUAUUUGUUCAAUUUCAGCUACACGCAAGUAGAUUUACAUGUAUAUGAAGCAAAUAUUUUUAAAAUUUUGUUUGUACAUAUUCUGCAUGUUCUAUGAUUUUAAGAUGCAUCCCUUGCUUAGAUAUGUUUCCCACAAAGACGAUGAAAGUUACCAGGAAAUACAUAAGGCACCGCUGUCGUUCUGUGAGCCACUAAAGGAAGUGAGCAGCUGGGUUAACUGGCAACCGUGACAAUGUUCUUGGAAGGAGCAGCUUGCAAGAGAACAUGAAUCUGCAAAAUCUAUGCUUUUUUGAAAAUUCCAUUAUAGGGACGUGAGACUGUAUUCUGUGCCUUCCGUCAUGAUUUCCACGUGAGCACUUUGAGGCGCUGGAUUUUAAGAUAAUGUUUUUGGCAAACUCAGUGCAUUUGGGUUUCUGAAAUAUUUCAUGGACUUACUCCCCCCCUCCCAAGAAAUUAUUCUUAUGGAAAAUUGCUUUUGUAUGUAGAACAGGAACCUUUUGUACUCAGUGAUGCUAUAGAUACGUCUAGUGUAACUUCUGCUAUUCCCUGCGAAGCUCCAGGCCUGCAUUUCAGUCUCACAACAAGGUCCAUUCCACAGUGUGUGGACGUUUGGCAGGCUCUUCCACUCUGUUUUGUAAAAUGUAACUUCAAGCUCUUUAUUUUUUGUUUGUUUUAUUGCUUUAUGAUAACGUUUAACCCCAAAACUACUCUAGAUGAUCUGUAUAAAGAACCAAUUACCUUCAAGACUGUACUCUGGCCUCUUUUUCUAUUUUACAAUUAAAUAUCUUUCCACAUA